AUGGCGGCCGAUCCGAGCACGGUAGAGGGUGCCCCGCCAGCGACCCUGGUCCAGGACCAAGACAUCAAUCCCUGGUCCGUUGAGGGUGCCCAGGGUGCCGACGGCGAGGUCGCUGCCAUUAACUACGAGGCUCUCUCCCAGAAAUGGAACACCCAGCUCAUCGACCAGGCCCUCCUGGAGCGCUUCGAGCGCGUCACCGGCCGCAAGCCCCACCGCUGGAUGCGACGGGGGCUCUUCUUCUCCCACCGCGACUUUGAAAAGAUCCUCGACCGGUACGAGCGCGGCGAGCCCUUCUUCCUCUACACCGGCCGCGGCCCCAGCACCGGCAGCCUGCACCUCGGCCACACCAUCCCCAUGCAGUUCGCCCAGUGGCUGCAGGAGGUCUUUGACGUGCCCCUCGUCUUCAUGUUGACCGACGACGAGAAGGCCGUCUUCAAGGACAACCUCACCUUCGAGGAGGUCAUGGGCUACGCGAUGGACAACGCCAAGGACAUCAUCGCCCUCGGCUUCGACGUCAAGAAGACCUUCAUCUACAGCGACCUCAAGUACCUGUCGCACCACUUCCUCAUGAACGCCUGGGAGUUCUCCAAGCUCGUCACCUUCAACCAGGUCCGCGGCGCCUUCGGCUUCAACGAGAGCACAAACAUCGGCCGCAUCUUCUUCCCCUCGGUCCAGUGCGUCGCCGCCUUCGCCACCUCGUACCCCCAGAUCUGGUCCGACACGCCCUCGGAGGUCCGGACCAAGGAGAUCGCCUCCAUCCCCUGCCUGAUCCCCAUGGGCAUCGACCAGGACCCCUACUUCCGCCUCGUGCGCGACAUCGCGCCCCGCAUGGGCAACCCGUCGCCCAAGCCCGCCCUGAUCCACUCCAAGUUCCUGACCGCGCUCCAGGGCGCCGGCGGCAAGAUGUCGUCCUCGAACCCCACCUCGGCCAUCUUUAUGACCGACACCGCCAAGCAGAUCAAGGUACGCACGCAACACAUGUUUUUUUUUUCCUUUCCUUCGCACCUCCUCAAUACCUUGCUAACCCCCUUUCUCCUCCCUCCCGUGGCACCACAGACCAAAAUCAACAAAUACGCCUUCUCGGGCGGGCAGGUCUCGGUCGAGGAGCACCGCCGCCUCGGCGGCAACCCGGACGUCGACGUCUCGUACAUCUACCUGACCUACUUCGAGGACGACGACGCCAAGCUCGCCAAGGUCUACGACGACUACAAGCGCGGCGACCUGCUCACGGGCGAGCUCAAGAAGCUCGCCAUCGACCUGCUGCAGGACUACGUCCGCGACUUCCAGGAGCGCCGCGCCACCGUCACCGACGAGGUGCUCGAGUCCUUCAUGACGCCGCGCCGCCUGCGCUGGGGCGGCAACCCCAACCCGAAACCCCUCACGCCCGAGGAGAAGAAGGCGCUCGAGGAGCAGGCCAGGAAGGAGGAGGCCGAGAGCAAAGGGAAGGGCAAGGGCAAGGGCAAGAAGGGCGGAGACGGCAAGAAGAAGGAGGAGGGCGAGCAGGCGCCAGCUGCUGCUGAGCAGGAAAUUCCCAUCAGGUAG